CGUCGCUCUUCAUGCCGCUGGUCGCCAAGUCCCUGCAGCUCGUACUGCCCUGCGCGCUAGCGCGUUAUCUCCCCGUGCUACUGUACGACCAGCACCUGGAAGAUGCCGUUUUGAGCGGCCUUGUGCCUGUAGUGGCCGCCAUCGUCGGGCUGUUAUUCGUCUUGAACCUGGUGAUUCUCCGUUCUCCGGACCAACCACCCGCCAAUCAAAUUCUUGGAGGAAUUUUGGGUCUCGUAGUGGGAUCAUUGGUGUUUCAUGUGGCUGUGGUUCUGUUCGGAGCUCCUGUGAUCGACUUGUGGAUACAGACGCUGUUGUUGGCUGUAUUGCUCUCGAGCUGUGUGACGAUGCCAUUAGCGCUGCAUUUGGGGUGUGCACCCCGCAAGUGGCUUGAUCUGCUUCUGGCGCUCAGUGUCAGCAACUCGCAGGAGCUGUAUGUCGUGUGCUCGUCCAUUGGUGCCAUGCUUGGAGCCUACGUUGGCGCUCUCCCCAUUCCUCUCGACUGGGAUCGACCGUGGCAGCAAUGGCCACUGACUUGUGUGUACGGCACGCUGAUCGGUCAUGCUGCUGGAAUUUUCGUCAGUAUCACUAUCAACGCCACUUCGCAGUCUUCUACUGCCAAGUCGACGAAGAAAGACUAAACGAACACCUUUAGAAACCCCAUUUACAAUCGCUGCAUUCAUGUUUUCGACGCUACUAGGAGAGUCGUUCGGAACGCUGCGCUCCUGAGAUAAACUCCAAGUUUACUCUUCGCGAUUUCACUCGGAUCAUCGAAGAGUUGUUGCAGGAUCUGUCUCCUCUGUCGGGCAUCGGCAAAGACGAGGAAAUCCAGAACCGUAUUCACUGCCGCUUCCUUUAACCCAGGUCGUACAACACGCAGACACUGGACGUAGUGACGCAUGACAUCAUCGACACAGACCGAGUCAUACUUCAUAAGAUUCAGCAACGUCUGGCAUAAUGUAGCCAUGACGGCUUUGGUCACCGUCUCCGUCGCCAGAAGUGAAGCCACAGGAGCAGCGCAACGUCGCAGUAAUGCCACCACAGACGCGCCCUGGUCCGUCUUCGCGCACAAGGAAUCGAUCGCUUGAAGUCCUUGUGUAACAGCACUCAUAUCCGUCCGCUCCGUCAAUGGUUUACCUGUAGUAGACGCAAGUUCUUGGCUCUCAAUGCGACUUAACAACUGCUCGACUUGUUGUUGCUGACUCGAAGCUCCGUGGUGC